AUGAAGGGGGAACCUGCUCCAGAAUUGGGUUCUUGCCACAAGACCAAGCCCCUGAGCAGCACAGGAAGCACCCUGUCCUCCAGCCUGGACUUCCAGCCUUACCAAGGCGGUCAGGUCUUCACAGGCCAUAGGCCAAUUCCAGACACAGUGGACAUCCAUGGCCCACCCCGUGCCAGUUGCCUGCGUUCGUUGCCACUGGCACCAGCCAGGUCCGCCCUACUGUCCUGCACUCAGGGCCUGGACCUCUACCUAUACCCUGUGCAGCCAGCACCCCCAGGCACAACCCCAUGGGGCCUCAGAGAGGACUCCUUGAGUGCAAACCACCAGCCACCAGGGCCACUUGCCGGCUCCCCUGAUGACGAGAAGCUAACAGCCAAGUACCCCCUGAACAUGGACAAGAUGGGAAGCCAGCAGGAAAGAACUGACGAGGAGGCCCCCUGCCCAUCCUUCUCUCCUUACAACAGCUCUUCCUCAACCCCCUGGCAGACUAGAAAGAGCCCCAACGCCUUGGCUUUCUGCUCCUGCCCCUCACCGACUCUCAUCUCCAAAGAACUCCCGUUCCACCUUCACCCCCUCUGUCCUGCGUGUCCAUUUCUCCUGUCUCAGCCUCACCUGUUCACUUAUGGGGCCCCACCUUCUGUUCCAUGUCACCCCCUCUUCAUGCUGCCACAAGACACCUCCUACCCCAGCAUGCCCAGCAUGCUGAUGAGUCUCAGUGAAUCUGGGCACCGCAGCUCCCGGGAGGAGACCCUGCAUCCCUACCCAGGGGCCUUCCAAACCUCUGGCCAAACCCAACUCUCCCGGGCACGAAUUCCAGGCCCUGGAGCUGCCAGGACCUACUCCCAGGGGCCACAGCACGCUGGCAUGGUGGUUUCAGCAAAGCGGACUCCACUGGGCUCACGGGCAGCCCUGCCUUACCCGCUGAAGAAAGAGAAUGGCAAGAUCCUGUAUGAAUGCAAUGUGUGCGGCAAGAGCUUUGGGCAGCUCUCCAACCUCAAGGUCCAUCUGCGUGUGCACAGUGGGGAGCGCCCAUUUCAGUGUGCCCUGUGCCAGAAGAGCUUCACCCAGUUCGCCCACCUGCAGAAGCACCACCUGGUGCAUACUGGGGAGCGGCCCCACAAGUGCCUGAUAUGCCACAAGUGCUUCAGCAGCUCCAGCAACCUCAAGACCCACCUGCGCCUGCACUCAGGUGCCCAGCCAUUUCAGUGCAGUAUCUGCCCAAGUCGCUUCACCCAGCACAUUCACCUGAAGCUGCACCAUCGGCUGCACGAUCCACCGCCCUGUAGCCUAGCUCAUACCCACCUGUCUCUGGCAUCUCUCACCUGCCUCACCCAGUGGCACCAGGGGCCACUAGAUCUUGUGACGGUGCCAUCAGAGAGGCAGAGGGGCUGGGAUUCAGACAAGAUCAAGGUGCCCUCAGCAUGUCAGGGAAAGCGGGCAGUAAGCCUGAGUGCUCAGGGCUUUGCCCUUGCCAUGGCCGAGCGGCGCGAGGGCCUGGGGGUCCGCCUGGCCCGCCGCCUGGCCGGGUUAGGGAUCCUCAGGGAGCGCAGGGGGAAGCGGACCCCAGAGGAAGCCAGAGCCCGGGAUAGGCCCUGGGGUGGCCAGAGCUGCCCUGACCUGGCCCAAGGCCAGGGCGGCACCAGCAAUGUCAGCCUCAAGACCCGAGCCAAGAGCUGCUCAGAGUGGGACCUUCAGGAUGGGAGCCGUGGUUCCUGGUUUAGGAAGCGACGACACAGUUCAGAGAGUCUCGCUCAGCCCUUGGGGCGCCUACAGAGGCCAGCUGUGGGCAGCGCCUCCGACAUGGCCAACUAUGCCUUCAUGGGCCUGGAGAGGCCAGCGCUGGCAGCAGACCCUGCUGCUCCAGAGGUCCCUCUGAAUCCUGAGCCACCUGGCAACGUGAAAGACAUGCUGCCCCGCCCAGCAUCCUUCUCCAAGGCAGAGGGGACAAAGGGCAAGCCUGCAGCCCCAGGGCCAGUGUUGCCAGAGGAGCCCCGGCUAAGAACCUCACGGCAUCAGGAGAGCUCAGCCCAGCAGCAGGAGCUCCUGGCCCGCUGGACACCUGGGUCCCCACGCAGACGACUUCCUCAGCUCCAGGCCCAUUCAUUCAGCUCCCUGAGCGUGAACUGA